AUGGAAAUCUGCUACUCUCCAGAUAAAUUUAAUGCCACUUCAUUCCAUGUCAUGACUAUGACCAUCAUCACACUUCAGGCAUUUUCUGGCAUGUGGAUAAACGCUUUCAUUGUUUCUGUGCUUUGUAUUGCUUGGAUCAAAAAGAGAACUUUUAACUCUAAUGAGAAGAUCCUCCUGUUUCUGGGAUGCUCCAGGUUUAUGCAUAUAUGCAUUGCAUGGGUAUUUUCCUUCAUUGCAAUAAUUCAUCCCUGCUCCAUUUGUAUUCACCCCACAUUCCAGAUAUUAACCAGUGUUCAAAGUUUUUUCAAUUCCUUGAACUUAUGGGUUUCUGCCUGUCUUUGUCUUUUUUAUUGUAUAAAAAUUGCAAAUUUCAGGCAUGUCUUCUUCAUCUACCUGAAAGUCAAAAUUGACAGGAUCGUGCCAUGGCUGUUGCUGAGUUCAGUGCUUUUAUCCCUUCUCAUCUUCUUCAUUAUCUACGACAGAAUGAAUAAAAUACAAUGUAAGAACCUCAACUCCACAACUGCAGGAAAUAUCUUGACACUGACAGUCAGAAUGGAUGAACAUUUUUUUCCUGUUUUGUUUUUCAGUGGCUUCCUUUUUGCCACUGCUUUCAUGGCGGUCAUCUUUUCUGCCUCUCUCCUCCUUUAUUCUCUCUGGACCCAUAAUCGCAAGAUGCACACUAACUCGGUGAAGGACCUCAGCAUGGAUGCCCAUAUCAAAGCCAUGAAAUCUAUUCUGUCCUUCUUCUUUAUUUACACCAUUAACUUUGUAUGUUUGGUCUUGACAUUCAUUUAUUCCAUGAAGAAGGAAAGUCCUGUAGCAUUUCUGGAGUUCAUAUAUCCAUAUGUUUUUCCGACUAUUCAUUCCCUUAUUCUGAUUUUCAGCAAUCCCAAAAUGGAGAAGACACUGCUAAAGACUCUGCUCUGUGGGAAGUGCAAGGCUUGCAUGAGGUAG